AUGUCCCGUCGCCGUGCCUCAAACAGUGAAUCAAUAGCCUCAUUGUCUACUAUGAACGAGGCAGUUGCAUAUCCAUUCUCCGGUAUGCAGCAGAACUAUUUGCCCCAGAGGCGUGGCCCUAUCGAGGGCCCUAACGGACGAAGGUUGAUUCGGAGAGUUACCUGGCGUUCGUCUACCUACAAACUCAUGGCGUCCCUUUGGGUCUUGGGCGUGUUUUACAUCGUCUGGCUUAUAAGGGAUCUAUUUUGGCUGCCCUUCGCCCCGUCAGAAACGGAGUCUACCACUGGAACUGCGGGGAAAGACUUUCUAGCACACUAUACGGGUCGUCAGGAGUGCGGCAUCUCCUCAGUCUCCUUAUACAACCCCCCCGAAGAUCAGGUGUAUUGCCGGACUCGAGACUCAUUGCUCGGCGCAAUGAGCAAUGGUGGCCGCCAUGGCUUUGAUGCUGCCUAUACAUCACAAGGUUGUGUCUAUCGUUGGUAUAGUAGCUCUCAGAUCUGCGAUAUACUCCAAAAAUUUGACGGAAUCGCUUUUAUCGGUGACGAAUCACUGGCUGAUGCUUAUGCUGGAUUCAAUAUCCUUCUCCGAGAAAAUCUCGCUACUGGCGCUCUGAAAGAUUGGGAGAUGAACGACGUGUAUAGCGGACAAUGCAGAUGUGACUCUCAAUUCACCAACCCGUCCUGCUGGCUGAAGCGGAUCAGUUCUAGCGAGGAUAUGUUUCUCCAAGGCGACAAACCAGGACCUCGAAGCACUUAUGCCUGCUCAACCCAUGUCCCCCAUGUUUUUGUGAAAGUAGUUGGAUCGCCCGCCUCAAGAGACUCUCAUGAGAAAGUUCAGAAGCUGCUCGCUCGCUCCGACAGCCAAAAGAAGCCUGUACCUGUGAUUCACAGUGUUUCGCUCUCGACAUCAUUUUCCUUGUCCACAGCCGAGAGUAGCAUGGACGAAUGGCUCGCUCUGACGAAAGUCAAGAAACAAUACACGCCGCUGCUUUGGGUGGGGCCCACGGCUCCCGGUCAUGAGAAGCCGUCGACCGAUACCAAUAUUCCUGCCAACAGCGCCGUGUGGCAGUAUGCUCUGGACACGACAAAAGCAGCUCAGAGUAGAGGGAUGGAAGUUCUAGGCAUGUACAAUGCAACCUUGCAAGCUGCUAGCUGGGACGGCAAACAUUAUGGUGAAAAAGUAGCUAUGAUGCAAGCCAUGAUGAUCAUCAACUGGCUAUCCGCUCUCUAA